AUGUCUCGUCUUUACCAUAUCUACAACCUCCUAAUCCUAAUCACUAUUCUCUGUCUAUCACCAACAUGGGCCCAAUCAAUGGAAUCUACAGACCUGUCCGUGCCACAAUCGACCUGGCGCCCAAGCGAAGAGCUCACAAAUUGUCAACCACUACAAGCACCAGAGAAAACCACAGUGCACCGACGAACAAUCGUCACGGCAUCGGACACCGCAGAAGGAAUACCCCAACCCUUCGACACACUCUCCUACAACUUCGCCAAAGCAAGCACCUGCAUCGACUUCUACACAAAAUGGCGCGCCAACACAACAAUCUCAUCCUGCACCCCCAUCUCCCUCCUCAUCCAGAACUCAAACGCCUUCUUCCACACCCUCAACUCAGCACCCGCCACAUCGCACAUCCUGGAUACGUCCUGCUCAGCAAGCGUCACCAAGUGCGCCUCAAUAAUGACAAAUCUCGCAACCGACCUCCUCAAACCCGAGAACUGCGGCGACGACUUCGAAAACGGUAACUUUGUCGUCAAAGGCACGUAUCGCGAUCUCAUCGCUUACGAACCAGUCUACCGCGCAACCUGUCUCACGAACCCAUUGACACAGGAUUACUGUUUCGUCGAUGCGGUGUCGAAUUCCACUGCGCCUGAUGACUACAAUGUGUACUUGAUGCCGCUCGGGACCCCGCUUACUGUCGGGGAUGUGCCGAGUUGUACAAAGUGUUUGAAGGCGACUAUGGAUGUGUUUUCGGAGUGGGCGAGACGGGAUGGUCAAUCGCUUGGUAUUACUUAUCUUCCCUCGGCGAGGAUUGUCAAUGCGCAUUGUGGUGAGGACUUUGCGACUACUAAUAUCACUGUUGGUUCGGCGGAUGUUACGGCUGGGGCGGGUGCUGUCCCGUUGCCUAAUCUUGGAAUUGUUACUGUCAUGACUUUGCUUCUUGGUGCCAUGACAGGCGUGGUUUAA